AUGAAUGAAGUAUUGGACAGUCUCACGCAAGCAGAAAAGUGUUGUGUUUGUGGAGAUAUUGCCGAUGGUUAUCACUAUGGAGUUUUGUCGUGCCGGGGAUGCAAUGCUUUUUUUCGUAGAGCGGUUACAUACAAUCUACAUUUUAUUUGUCGCCACGGAGGAACUUGUCUUGUAGACAAAGAUGCCCGAUGCGCUUGUCGUGCGUGCCGUCUGAGGAAAUGUGAACAAAUGGGGAUGGACCGAAAAGGUAAUCUAUUUUUUGGAAAUAAGUGUAAUAUUUGUUUUUUCUCUCCAUCUCCAGAAGUUUUAUAUAAUUUCAAUCAUAAAAAUGCAUUAUUUAUAGCAGUGCAGCCAAAACGUGAAAAUGUUGCUCGAUUUGAACUUACAUCAGAAAGUAAUACCGGGCUAACGUCGUAUACGGAUUCUACCAAAUCUCCGGGUCAACUUUCACUUUCUGAUUUGUUCGUCUUGUCUACCGAACUACCACAUGUGUCCUUCUACCAGGAAUUUGACAACCUGAAUUUUGAAAACAGGGAAAAAUGCAGCUAUAAAAGUUGUGUCAAACUCGACUCAAAGUUUGAGAUUUCAAAAUAUUCAGAUGGUUGUCUUAAUGAUGUGUGGACUGUUAAGGAAUGCUCGAGUGACGGAUGUCGCAGUUCCUGUGAAUCAGUUCCAGAAAAUCUGUACAUAGCACAACUAGCUAAGGACUAUAAACUACAGCGUUUAAAACGCUAUAUGCUGUUAUGUAAUUCGAUCGAAGAGAUCCUAUCUGUCGACAAGGAAAAAGCACUGAAAAGGCCAGCGACCGAAGACGAUUAUUCGUCAAUUUUUGAGGUUCAGAUGGAGCUGAUGUUUGAGUGGGUAAAUGGUUUGCCAGACUUCAAAGCAAUACAGAAUCCAACUGAUAAAGUGAUGUUACUACGUUCGUUCUCAUUUCGUUACCUACUACUUGACAACGUAUUUCAUUCUGUGGAAAUUGGUAGUGAAGAUCAAAUUGUACUGGUCAACAACACUUACAUAACUCCUGGCCUCAUACCGCCACACCGCUCUGGCGAAAAUCCAAACAGCCGAUUGAUAAAGAAGACGUUGAACUUUUUUUAUCAUAUUUUUUGGACUCCUCAGUACGCUAUAUAUGACGAGAGACAAUUUUCAGCAGAGAUGAUGGCUCUUCGGCUGUUUAUUUUUUGGAAUCCCGGUGGGAUCAGCCUCUCCGAAACUACAAGCUGUAUCGUACAGACGGCCGGAGAUAACGCUAUCAAGGAACUUCACAUGUGGUAUUGCGAUCAAAACUUACAGGAUGUUGAUGGGCGCCUGAACAGUAUUUUACUUCUACUCCCCAUUCUUGUUGUGAGUUUUCAUUCUUCAACAAUAAGCAAGCAGUUACCAGGCUGCCGAUCAGUCCUUGGGCUCCCGUGA